CAGGUGCAGGCCCACCUUCGAAGGUGAAAGUUGUAAUGCUUGAACUCCGGGGUGAGUUCUCCAACGAUAAUCAGGAGAUUUGGACCCAAGAGGAGUUAAAAAGGCACAUCGUGCAAGGCCUGGAUGGGCAAUCUUCAGAUGAGUGGGAACUCCUUGAGCAACAACCCUUCCCCACCACCUGCACUGACAUCGCAGACCACUCCUUCGCCACAACUAUCUUCGGCAGGCAGUCCUAGUGACAGUAACAGUAAUGGUAACGGUAUAUGCGAUAUUAGAUGUGGGGGAGUCACCGGAAUCGUCAUAUCUCUGGUGGUUCUAACACAAUGUGCUCAGGCCCAUGAACAUUGUCUCACCAGCCUAGAAAGAAGGAUUGCAGAGGACCGUCUCGAUGAACUUGCAACCUCCCUCAUCGCCGUCACGUUCUACGAGGAAAAUUUGAACAAAGAAACUCCAGGGCACGUGGAUGGAAGCAACCCUUCUAAGACGGUCGGUGCAGGUGCGGCUCUCCACCCUUUUCUGCGGCCGCAGCGGCGAUGACGAGCCUCAGGUGGGGCGACCCCCCGCGGCGAGCGGAGCAACGGCGCAACGGGAGGGAGCUGUGGAAGGCGGCGGAGCGGCGAGAGAGCUGCUCGAUGCGGGGGAAGGCCAGCGGGGGAGCUCGUCUGUGCUCCUGGAGGCCCCGCAUCCUCUG